GCGCCAGCGGUUCCUAUCGCAGCCCGCUCUCGCUUCUCUGGGGCUGGGUGGAAGCGAGGGGAGCGCAGUGUAACAAAACAAGCGGCGGCUUUGUAUUUGCUUAAAGGAGCCGCGCUCGCGGCGAAACCAAACUCGGUGGGGGGGCUGGAAAAGUGGCUGGGAGAAAGAGCAGAGGGACGAACUCGCCUGCUCCCAGGUGGGACGGAAUCUGAGGCUGCGGCGCGGGACGAGCUGCAGGGAACAGUGGAGGAUUACUUGAGGGAAGAAGAGGAGCGGGAUCUGGCGAAGGGGAGAACGCCAGAGAGGAAGGGGAGCCUUUAAAAGCGCGCCGGGCAGGACAGGACGUCCAGGCGGCUCUCGGCAGCGAGCGCUCAGAGCUGGGGUUUGCGGGUCUCGGGGCAGGAGAGAUGCGAGCGGGGCUGGCGGCGGCAGCGGCGACUGCAGGCGGGACCCGGGCAAACUUUGCUCUAUGAUGGCUUGAGUGGGGCGGCCGGAAAGUUGUCGGGAGCGCCCGCGGAAGGCUCGCUCUAUGCCCCCGGCGGGCUGAUUCCUUUGCCUGCGCAGCCACCUGUGUCUCUCUUCCGUCUUCCACCGCAGCCUUUUCCCCCCACACUCCGGUUUCUUUUCUUCAAAAACUGCGAUCGCCAUGUCGAAAGUGAUCCAAAAGAAAAACCACUGGACGACCAAGGUGCACCAGUGCGCGGUGAGCCGCGGCACUCACGGCGAGCUGGGGAUCCCCAUCCUGGGGGGUGCGGAAUAUGGAGAGUUUCCUUACGUCGGACCGGUGGCCGUCCCCGAGGGGGAAGCGGGCGGCGGCGAAGGGCAACUGAGCGAAGGGGAGCUCUUGCUGGAAGUGCAGGGGGUCCGGGUGUCGGGCUUGCCCCGCUACGACGUGCUGGGAGUUAUCCGGAGCUGCAAGGAUCCCGUCACUUUCAAAGCCGUCAGACAAGGAAGUCGUCUGAACAAAGAUCUGAGACAUUAUCUGAACCAGAGGUUUCAGAAAGGAUCUCCUGAUCAUGAGCUGCAGCAGACUAUUAGAGAUAACCUUUAUCGCCAUGCGGUGCCUUGCACAACCCGUCCUCCACGAGAAGGAGAAGUGCCUGGUGUGGAUUAUAACUUUCUAACUGUGCAGGAGUUCCUUGAACUUGAGAAAAGUGGGACUCUUCUUGAAGUAGGAACGUAUGAAGGUAACUAUUAUGGAACACCCAAGCCUCCCAGCCAACCCCUCAGUGGGAAAGUGAAUAACACGGAUGCUUUGCAAAGCCUCCAAUCCGGCUCCAAGCAGUCGACCCCCAAACGAACCAAGUCUUACAAUGAUAUGCAAAAUGCUGGCAUAGUGCAUACGGAAAAUGAAGAGGAAGAUGAUGUCCCUGAAAUGAACAGCAGCUUUACAGCAGACUCUGGUGAACAAGACGAGCACAAUACACACAGUACGAGAGAGACAGCUCCCCCGCCUGUGAAUAGCAGCAUCACAACUGUUCCCACCACGGAACCUUCUCAGAAGCUCCCUCAAUACCUACCUCCUUGUGCAGAGGAAAACUUGGGUCCUCUGCCUGAAAACUGGGAGAUGGCCUAUACAGAGAAUGGAGAAGUCUACUUUAUAGACCAUAACACUAAAACUACAUCUUGGCUAGACCCACGGUGCCUGAAUAAACAGCAAAAGCCUCUAGAAGAAUGUGAAGAUGAUGAAGAAGGGGUACACACGGAGGAACUGGACAGUGAACUAGAACUACCUGCUGGUUGGGAAAAGAUUGAAGAUCCUGUAUAUGGUGUCUACUAUGUAGAUCACAUCAACAGGAAGACACAAUAUGAGAAUCCAGUUCUGGAAGCCAAACGGAAGAAGCAGCUUGAGCAGCAGCCUCCGCAGCCAGCACCCCCAGAAGAAUGGACAGAAGAGCAUCCCCCUCUUGCCCCACCUGCUGUUCCAAAUCAUGUUCCUAACAACCAGGAGACAGUUCGAGAUGCUCCAGUACAAGCAGGAAAACCAUUUUUCACACGAAACCCUUCUGAGCUGAAAGGGAAGUUCAUUCACACCAAACUGAGGAAAAGCAGCAGGGGGUUUGGUUUCACAGUUGUUGGAGGGGACGAACCAGAUGAAUUUCUUCAGAUAAAGAGUUUGGUUCUCGAUGGCCCUGCUGCUCUGGAUGGCAAAAUGGAAACAGGUGACGUUAUUGUCAGUGUGAAUGACACAUGUGUGUUGGGCCACACACAUGCUCAAGUUGUGAAAAUCUUCCAGUCAAUUCCCAUUGGUGCCAGUGUGGACCUAGAACUGUGCCGAGGCUAUCCUCUGCCUUUUGAUCCAGAUGAUCCUAACACAAGCCUGGUGACAUCUGUGGCCAUUUUGGAUAAAGAACCAAUCAUUGUGAAUGGGCAGGAAAAUUACGACUCUCCAGCAAGCCACGGUAGUAAAACGGGGAAAGUAAAUGGGAUGAAGGAGCCAAGACCUAGCAGUCCUGCUGAGAUUUCUUCAAAUGGAUCCCAUGGCUACCCUAACGACACCGUCUCUUUGGCUUCUUCUAUAGCAACGCAACCUGAACUCAUAACUGUACAUAUAAUUAAAGGGCCCAUGGGCUUUGGUUUUACUAUAGCAGACAGUCCUGGGGGUGGGGGACAGAGAGUGAAGCAAAUUGUUGACAGCCCAAGGUGCCGAGGCCUAAAAGAAGGAGAUCUUAUAGUCGAAGUCAAUAAGAAGAAUGUGCAGAAUCUUACUCACAACCAAGUUGUGGAUAUGCUGAUUGAAUGUCCUAAAGGAAGUGAGGUGACACUGCUCGUGCAGCGAGGAGGACUGCCAGCCCCAAAGAAGAGUCCAAAGUCGCAACCACUUGAAAGGAAAGAUAGCCAAAACAGCUCUCAACACAGCGUCUCCAGCCACCACAGCACACACACUGCUUCGCCUGUCCACAGCACUCAGGUGCUUCCCGACUACCCUGCCCCUGAAGCACCAGCUGCAGAUCAACCAGACAACACUGGGCAGAAGAAGCCAGAUCCAUUCAAAAUCUGGGCCCAGUCCAGGAGCAUGUAUGAAAGCCGACCUAUGUCACCUUCGCCUGCGACUGGACUGAGCAAGGGUGAAAGAGAGAGAGAAAUCAGUUCCACGAAUUUUGGAGAAUUUCCAGAUUAUCAAGAACAGGAUAUCUUUCUAUGGAGAAAGGAAACUGGGUUUGGAUUUAGGAUUCUUGGUGGCAAUGAACCUGGGGAACCUAUUUAUAUUGGUCAUAUCGUGCCACUGGGUGCUGCAGAUGCUGAUGGCCGCCUGCGAUCAGGGGAUGAAUUGAUCUGUGUGGAUGGGACCCCAGUGGUUGGGAAGUCGCACCAACUUGUAGUCCAGCUUAUGCAACAGGCAGCCAAGCAAGGCCAUGUCAAUUUAACCGUCAGGCGCAAAGUGGUGUAUACAGUUCCAAAAGCAGAGAACGAGGUGCCAUCUCCAGCCUCAUCCCAUCACAGCAGCAACCAGCCUGCUUCUCUGACAGAGGAGAAACGCACUCCACAGGGAAGCCAGAACUCCCUCAAUACUGUCAGUUCAGGCAGUGGCAGCACCAGUGGAAUCGGAAGUGGAGGAGGUGGUGGGAGUGGAGUGGUCAGCACGGUGGUGCAGCCCUACGAUGUGGAAAUUCGCCGGGGAGAGAACGAAGGCUUCGGCUUUGUCAUUGUGUCUUCAGUUAGUCGUCCAGAAGCUGGAACGACUUUUGCAGGCAAUGCAUGUGUGGCCAUGCCUCACAAAAUAGGUCGGAUUAUUGAGGGGAGCCCAGCAGACCGCUGCGGGAAGCUGAAAGUGGGGGACCGAAUAUUGGCCGUUAACGGAUGCUCCAUCACCAACAAAUCACAUUCGGACAUCGUCAACCUAAUUAAAGAAGCCGGGAAUACAGUUACUCUGCGCAUUAUUCCAGGGGAUGAGUCCUCCAAUGCUACUUUAUUGACCAAUGCAGAAAAAAUUGCUACAAUUACAACCACACAUACUCCUCAGCAAAUGCCACACGAGACCAGGAACAACACAAAACCAAAGCAGGAGUCCCAGUUUGAUUUCAAACCACCCCCAGCUUCACAGCCGGACCAGGAUUUUUACACAGUUGAACUUGAAAGAGGAGCCAAAGGUUUUGGCUUUAGCCUGCGCGGCGGCCGAGAAUAUAACAUGGAUCUCUACGUGUUGCGGUUAGCAGAGGAUGGUCCUGCUGAGAGAUGUGGAAAAAUGAGGAUUGGUGAUGAAAUCCUGGAGAUCAAUGGAGAAACUACAAAGAACAUGAAGCACUCCCGGGCCAUAGAACUGAUUAAAAAUGGUGGCCGCAAAGUUCGCCUCUUUCUCAAACGUGGAGAUGGUUCUGUACCAGAAUAUGACCCCAGCAGUGACAGGAACAGUCCAGCCACAAGUUCACAAAAUGUAUCGGAAGUGAAAAACAUGCCAUCUGGCAGACGACAACACUCAUCAUUGGAGCCCAGUUAUCCACCAGAUCUUCACAAAUCAUCACAACAUGGAGACAAGCGGAUAUAUUUUAAGGACCCAAAAGGCAGCAAAGAGUUUGGCAGACAAUCCAGUGAACACCACACUUGGAACGGAACUUCUAAAAACAGCAAUAGCACAGCAGGCAGGAAAAAAGACGGGUCACCAGAAGGGAGGCAAGAUCGGCCAUCAGACAGACUGGUGGUGAUCAAUGGGCAGAAACGGAAAUCUUCAGAAAAGAGGAGGGAAGGGACAAGGAGUGCUGAUAAUACUUUAGAACGAAGGGAACGGCAUGAGAAGAGGAGAGACUUUUCUCCAGAGAGAAGAAGAGAAAGGUCUCCAACCCGCAGAAGAGAUGGCUCACCUAACAGAAGGAGGCGGUCACUCGAGAGGCUGAUGGAUCAGAGGAGAUCACCAGACAGGAAGAGAGAGAGCUCACCCUCCGAAAGGAGGGCAAAGUCAACCGACAGGAGGAGAGACAGGACCCCGGAACGGAGAAGAGAGAGGUCUCCUGACAAAAGGAAUAGAGAUGAUAAAAUUGGCUUCAGGGAGAAGGAAGAACGCACUCUAAAAUAUGACACCAGUAAAAAUAACAGGCAAUCCCUAGAGCAAAGGAGGAGACCUUACAAAGAGUGCAGUACCGACCUCAGUAUCUAAUGGGCUUUAUAGGCCUGUGAUACUAUUGCGGCCUUUCCCAGCAUUCAUAAUUUAUAAGAAGGAAGGUAGCAACCUGAAUCCAUUUUAGUUCCUCAUGUCUAAUGCCUCCAGGAGCAAAAAUACAAAUAAAAUCGGAUAAUGAGAAUAUGUACAGAGAGUUGAGCCUAGUGUGUAACAAUAUUAAAGUAUUUUCCAGUAUAUUCAUUUUUUGAAAAUUGCCAAAUGUUCAACCUGAAGGAUUAUAAAAAUUAUGUUCUUCCAUAAUCAGUAACCUUAAUUAGCACCAUUCCUAUUAGUUAUUUGCUUUGUUGUCUUUUCAUUAGUUAUUUGGAGAGCAAACUACCAGUGGUAAAAAUGUUAUGACCGAUCACACUGAUUUGUUCAAAUUAUGAUUCACUGCUAUAAUGUGUGUAGGAUUUUCUCUAGGAUCAGUAGGAGGAAAGGAGGGGUGUUUCAGUUAAAACUGAGAACUACUGUAGAAGGUGGGUGGUUUUUUCCCCCUCUUUACAAAUUAGGAACGUCUUGCCAAUAUUAACUCUUCAAAGAGUCUUCUGUUGGGAUGAAGGAUAUUUAUACAAAUCACACAGCACAAAAAUAUUAUGGAAUUUAUAGUUUGUUCCAUGAACAGUGAGUAUUUGGGGGGUCUCCUUUAAAAGGAAGCAAGGUGGCCAAGGACGGGUCUCCGUUGUGUCUUGUGUCAUGCAAGGGAUAGGCCAUCCAGUUUGUUCAUCUCUGCAACAUUAAACAGUGUCUUGCAAAGGCAGCAUCUGUGUGGCUCAUGUUCCGCUUUUAGGACUAUGAGGAUGAAAUUGGAACCCAUAUGCUGUUAUUGGUCCGCUUUGAAAGGAAACAGAUGUUAAUUUUGGUUUUUUGGUCAGUAUGCAUUUUGAGGAACCAAUGCUCCUUUCAGAAAAUGGGGUCAGUCAUCAGACUAAUUAUUAUUAUUUUUGCCAAAUUAGAUCUGCAUCUCUAUGCUUCUGUUUUUUUCUUGUGGGGGUGGGGGAGAUGUUUUCUUUUUCAUUUAUCACAUCACUCUUACUUGAGAUGAAAGAAAAAAGAUGCAAUGUCUGGAAAGCCUGGGUUUUCAAGCUGUUAACCCCGAUACGGUUUAUGCUGUAUUUUAUUUGUAAAAAAUGAAAAACACCAAUACAAGGUUCUAAGGUGUAUUUUUUUUACAAUGGCAAGUUUGUGUGGUAAGUCUGCUGUAGUAUUGAUAUGAGAUUUUAAUGGAUUACUGCCUAGCUGAGCCAAAACGUUUACGGUUACUGUAGGACCACUAAAAGUCUAAAAAUUGCUGCUUUUUUUACAGUGCAUUGGUGUGUACAAGUAUACUGUUUCACCAUAUUUUCCAUACUCAUGCACAUAAACACACACACACACACAAUAAGGAUUACAAGUCUAUCACUGUUGUUGCCAUGGUACUGUAAAGGAAUAAGAAAAAAAAAAGAUGGCCAAUCAUUGUGUGUACAGAGUUGAAAUUGUAAUUAAUAGAGCCUGUUGAAGAAAAUGACAAACCGUUGCCUUUUUUUCUUGUAUAAAAGAGAAUUUAUGACAAAAAAAAUUAGCUGUGAGGAAUGUGCUAAGUGUUUAUAUUUCUGAGGAAAAAAUGGAACAAAUUGAUUCAAGGGGAAUAUAUUUUAAUGUAAACUGAAUCAGGUAUGUAAAGCUGUUUUAAACAGGAGACUAGCAAAGUCACUCUGAUGCUUUUGUUGGUUUGAAUAGUCUAUCUUUCCUCAUGGUGAAGGCCUGCCUGUGUGAUUCCAGGGCACUUGCGUGCAGUCUGUGUUCUUUAGUUAUCAUUUCUUGCAGUGUGCUAUAAUCAUAAUGCUCUUUUCUGUGUUGAUGAAAAGCAGUAAUGUGGGCCAAUCUUUUUUAUAAAAACAAACAAACACUAUGCAUAUAUAAAUACUACAUUGUUCAUAGCUUUAUUUGACUUAAUCGGGUUUAUACAUAACAUUAGUUAUAAGUAGAUGUGGACUUUACCCAGUAAAAAGAUUCUUUCCUUGGGACAAAACAAUGUAUAUGAUGUAGCUACUCAGAAGGAAAGAGUCUGUGAAUGCUAUUUUUAUUAUCAAAUAAAGAUUUCCAUACAAAGCAUAAA